GAUGCCUAGGAAAUGUUUGCCGUCCUUAGAAAAAUAUUUUAAUUUUCUCCAUUGUGUUUUUCCAUAGAAAAUGUUUAUUUAUUGAAUAAUUUCUUUGUUGUUGUAUGUUUUUUUUUUGUAUUAAUUGUGCCCUUUUAUUCGGUUUUAUUGUAUCACUUACAUCGUCUUUUCAGUACUGCCAUCGACGAUUGAAAUAAUGUAACACCUACUUACUGUAGACAAAGUAAUGGUCUCCGUUUAAGUCGGACGGUAGCCGUUCAUCGGCUUUGUUAUUGACGAGACGGACAUCAGCUAAACCGUUCGUUCGGAGCGACGUUAAUCGUCGAUAUAUCUACGAUCCUCGCACGUUGGAAAUAUAUGGAUCGUUUCAUCACGUUCUCGACUACCAUAUCGAAAUUUUGGGUUCUCCAUUUUGGUUCCAUUGACGGUGAAUUUCAACGUGUGAUCGUCGCGUUUAAUGAUAAUUUAAUAUUAUCAUUAUUACAUUCUUCUGCAUUAAAGAAGAGAGCUUCAAAUAGUCUUGAAGCUUUCGAGGCCUUCAUGGAACUAUGAACCUGGAUUCAUUGUCAUAUACGUUGUCGCAAAUCAGCUAUCUCGUUGCUAAUUUGUCGAAAAAAAACUACAAAUCCAGUGUUCAGGAAUUGUCAGACGUAAGUAAAAUACAGUAACAAUAAGAAUAAAUGUUUAAAUAAUAUUAAACAUAUAAUAAUAUAUCAAGGAUUUCUUAUCUUAUUCAAAUGUGUUUAUUCUUGUAUCUAAUGACUAAUUUUUUUUAUUAUGCUUUAAUUAUAAAACAAGUACAUUUUUUAUAUUAUGAGUUUACUUAAUUACUAUUUAUAACUGACUACCAGAUUAGAAUCAUUGAUUAAUGGUUCUAAAUUAUCAUAUUUAUUCUAGGUACACUAUAAGCCGAGUUAUCACUUAAUAGUAUAUCCACGUUAUUCUUUUUAAAUUAAGUUGUAUUACUUAUAUUUAAUCCAUAAAUAUAUACAAUUUACUAUAAUGAAAGUAGUUGAUUAAAAAAUUAUUAUUUUGAACUGGAAUUUUGUAUAUAAUAUUUUUUCGGUACCUACUAUUAGAGUUACUUAGUUGUUAGAUAAACAGUUUGGUACUUGAAUGUUUAGUUUACAAAUAAAUCGAAUAUUUUUUGCUCAUUCAUUAUUAAAAUUCACUAAAUUGCUUUUUUACUAAUAUUUAGUUAUUAAUUUAUUCUUAUAUUACCAAGACUCAAUACUUUUAGCAUUUGUGUAUCUGUUUUGAUAGGUACUAAAAACACCCAAGUGAGCUAUAGAUUUGUUUUGUAAUAAUUAAAGAAAAAAAAAAUUGUUCCGCGUUUCAAAGUUUUGAUGGUAUUUUGCUAAUUUUUGACAUUUUAUCAUUUUAAGUAUAUAUAUAAAUGAUAUGAUUUUUAUUAUUGACAUCAUCAAAAAGAUAUCAUUGCGCUUAUUACAACCGUUUUUGGAGUUACAAGUUACGAGCUUUGCUUAUUACGCUUGAAAGUCAUAAAUGAAAAGUGGUAUACACAUUUAUUAUUGAAUCACUUUUUCAUAUAAUAUAUCUAAUUAGAAUGAAAUAUUAUUUAAUAUAAACUAUAUUAGGUACUUGGCCAAAAUAUAAUAAAUUCAAUUUUAAAAAGUAGGUAGUUGUUAAUCUAGUUAGAUCUAGAUUACUUUUAGAAUUAUAUGGUGAAAUAAAUAUAUAGCUACUACUUUACUAUUUACCUAUAAGGCUAUAACCAUUGAUGUUACAGUAGUUAAAAUUAUUGGUACAACUAGUACUUAACAAUCUAAUUUACACCAUAGAUUAUAUAAUCUGUGCCUAAACUCUAUUCAGAAUAAGUAGCUCGAUAAAAUGGCACCAAUUUGUGCAUCCAUAACUGAGCAUUCAAAUGCAGAACCACCACCGGUAAACACUAACUUUAUGUAACACAUACAUGUUUUUUUACACUGCCCGGUGCCUUCUUAUUUUGAAUAGAGUAUUUGUAGUACAUUAUAUUUUGAUUUGAUGGUUUAACCUUGGAUUUUACAAUAAUUUUUUUUUUCAAAAACAAAUUUUAUCUAUAAUCUGGCAGGUGAGAGAAUGUUACUGAGUGGCGAAAAAAACUCAUCUGUUCUUGCACAUUCCUACGACGAGUAGAUAGUAGAGUGAGAUAAAUUAGGGCACAAAACCGCGGGAGCUUGUUCAUUUAGAUGCACCAAGGAGUUGCGUUCUCUCAACAACCGGAGUAUAGUUAGUGUAUUGAAGAAGUCAAUAUUUUAUUUUCCUUGUAGUUUCCAAAUAAUUGGAGUUACUCGUGGGAGGGGGGAGUUGAAGCCAUAACAGUCUGUUAUUUUUGUUUUUACUUUUGUUAUUUGGUUAAAAAUGUGGAUAUCUGACAUAAAGCCUUUCUUAAUGUGUUGAUAUGUUCAAAACAUUUUUAGUUAUUUUUAAGUUAUUUAAAAUAAUUUUAAAUUUUUGAGAUUUUAACUUUUAAUUUAGUUUUAUGUGGAUAAAUUGUUUUGGUUGAGCAGAAAUAUUUGAAGUAUAAAAACUCUAGGUUUGUCAUAAAUGAUAUCUAGAGUAAAUUAAGAAUUUGUUAUAUAGAAUGAUUAUAGAAUUAAUUGACUUUACUUGCACAAAAUAAAGUUGGUAAAGAUAUUAAUAAGUUAAUCUUUUCAGUUUUCAGUGUUUUUUGUUACAUGGAAAAUAAGAGAAUUAUUGUUGGAAUAUAAUUUAUAACCCUGUAAUACAAGGUUGACAUUUCAUUACCUUACGGAUCUAUUUCUAAAUCAGUGACCUAAUUUUUAAUUUUUAAUUUUUUCUGGGAGACGAGGAAGAUAUUAUUUAUAAUAAGAUCUAUCUUUUAUGUCUCCCCUCCCCCCCAUAUUAUGCUUUUAGCUUUUGGAUAGCUUGCUGGCUUAACUUGGCCCCUAAAUUGAAACCCCGUAUGAAUAGAAAGUGGUUAUCAUAUAUAUUAGUUUCUAAUUUAAUGAAUGAAGGACAUUUAAGAGUAUAUUUGAUUGAUUCCUUUUGUUUUUAAUGUGGGGAGUCCAAUUGUUUUAACUAAUUUCAUUGUAUUCAACUUUUCUGUAAUUUUACAUUUAAAUAUAAAUUAUAGAAUAAAUAAUAAAUUGUAUGAAACAUUUACAAACUAUAAUAAUAUAAAUAUUUGAAGUAUGAUGAAUUCUUAGUUAUUAUGUUAUGCUAUAUUAUUAUUGUUUGGUGUAUGACAAUGUUUUAUAUUUUGUUAAGUUUUUUUUUUUUUUUUUGGAACGUAGCGAGAGAUCUAUUGGUUUUAUUAUGUUUAUGAUGUAUGUUUUUUUUUCUGUCUAUAAACAAAAUUUUUCGAAAAGAAAUCUUGAUCUGAUGUAUUAAGUGUAGCACCUUCCCUAAAAAGAAAUAAUUAGUAAUAAUUGGGAAAACAGCAAAUAAAUAUAUUGAUAAAACAUUAAAUAUUUACAGUGCUCUGCUGCGUUGCUGAUUUCAUUGUUUUCAGUUUUUUCAAACCAUGUUUUAAUCAAAAAGUGCCUAGAUACUUUCUUUAUUGGAUUUUAUUUAGAUCUAGUUGCUCAUAGUAAGUUGUUUUUGCUUUUCCAAAUAAUUUUUAUAGUAAUCGGGAAAACGAAAAAAAUGUAAAACUGAACCAAUUUAAGUCGUACACUUUCAUUAUUUUAAAUUUGUACGCGAAAUAUUUCUUCAAUAGACAAAUGACAAAAGAUCUUUUUAGUUUUUUUUUGUAACAUUUUUAAUCUAUUGUAUAAGAAAGUUGUUUUUUUUUUUUUUAUUUUUCUUGUAGUUUUAAAUAUUCAUACAGACUUGACAUUUUUACAGACAACUUGCUUUUAUUAUGUUAUAUUUAUUUUUUCCAGACAUGGUAAAAUGUUCAAAGCAUUUGAGCUAUUUUUGAACUAGGUGUUUAUAGACAUUUUAAUUUUGUGAGUUUUUUUUUGCCUAAUUUGUAUUUGGUAGAUACUCUGUGGAUUGUUAGACCAAACAGAAAUUCUUGAAAAUUUAACAAGAGGUUCAUUAUAAGUUGUACUUACUGGUCAACAAGAAAAAGUUGAUUUUUAUGUUUUAUUUUUUUUGUUAUAAGAAUUAAUAUUAAAUUUUGAUGAACAUUUUAAAUAUGUCUUAAAUGUCUUUAAAUACUGUCUUUCAAAAUAUAAUGUGUAACUGAACUUUGCUCUGAAUCGUAACUUGCAUAACUUAAUUUUAAUUCAAACAUUAUUAUACUUUUUAUCUAUUUGUUUAAAAAUUAAUUAUUUGUAAGUAUUUUUUUUGAAUGUAGAUACUAUGGAAAGUGGAUCUGUGAAGUAAUUCUCUCGGUAAUCCCUUUAUUGUUGUGAUAUUAAAGUUUAAGACAAAAAUUUAAUUUAAUAAGUAGUAUGAAAAUUAAAGUUUUACCCAUUUUUUUUUUUUUUACUAAUAUCUUUGAUUUGUCUAGCCUUCCUUGAAAGUAUAUAAUAAUAAAUUAAAUAAUAGUAGGUAUUUUAGAAGUUUAUUGGUUUUUAUCCCUGGUUUUGUUAUGUUGUGUGCUAUUUUUAUGUCUGUUUACAAUUUUCAAAUUAAAUUUAGAAAAAUAUAGUUUUUACUUUAUACAAUGAUAAUUUAUUGUUGCAGAUAGUAUUUAGCUAGGAAAAUUGGGUGAGGACAUAUCCAGAAAUAUUUUAUUUGGGGGAGAGAAACUGCUUUCACAUUAAUUACCAUUCCAAGAACGCAGAACCCAUGUUAUUUUUAUUUUAAACUACUGUUUCUUCACUUAAGUAAAUUAACUUGUAUUUUAUUUUUAUACUAGGUAUAUAGGAUGUAAUGAAUAUCUGGAAUUAUUCUUAAAAUCGUCAAUAAACCCCUAGAUUAUUAGUUUUAAAAUUAAUAAAUAAUAGUAAUUAUAAAUUUAUAAUUUAUUGUAAAAUUUAAACUAUAAAAAAAAAUUAGUUAUUAAUCAAUUUUUUUUCAAACCAAUUUUAUUGAAUCAUUGCUAUUAUGAUUAUGUAAAUUGUUUACUGACAUAUAAUAAUUUUUUUUUUUUUUUUGCUUACAGGCAAUUCAAUCUCAAGGAUUUGAAGCAGAUCGGCAUCUUUUACGUUGUCUUCUUUCUCAUAUAGAUAUAAAAGAAAUUGAAGGGCCACGAAAUAUAUCACAUAAGGAUUAUUAUCAGGUUCAAUUGUUAGCGCAACAGUGUACAACUCUCUUAAAUAAACCUUCACUUACAUCAAUUCUUUGUUUUGCUCUUGAUAAUCCACUUCAUUUACAAAAAGUAAUUUAAUUAUAAUAUUUUUGUCUUUAAAUUAUUUAUUUUUAUGAAAUGUGAUUGAUAGCCUAUUAAAUCAUCAAUACAGCAUUUGAAACCAUCAAUACAGUUAUUUAUCCAGCUUAGUAGAAUAUUACAUCUCAGCCUUGUACAAGAAGUUGUUUUUGGGCUCGUUUGUUUGGAAUCUACAAAUUAUUCAGCAUUUGCAUUACAAUUUGUAAAACAAAAAUUACCAGAGCUCAUCAAAUCAUAUAUUAACUCAGGUACAGAAAUACAAUUUCUUAAUUUCUUCAAAAUUAAUCUUAUCUUUUUAAAUGUAUGUAUAUUUAGAUAACAACACUGAACAAGUUACUGGAGGAGGAUUGCACGAUUCUAGCCCUGAAGUUUUACAUUUAAUUUUAAGCCACGUAUUUGCUGCCGAUGAUCAAAUAUUUGGUAUAUUAUUUAUAUACAUAUAUACAUAAUUAAUCAAUUAUUAUUAAAAUUUCUUAUUUAGGUAUAAGCAAAGAGGUUAAAGAAGUUUUAUUACAAAAUUUAAGACGAGAUUUUCCCCUUGAAGUGGCUCCUGUUUUAUUGGCACCUUUAAUAUAUCCUGGCAACCCAGAUCGUCCAAUGGAUAAAAUAAAUCAAGACACCUCGUCUAUUACUAGCACAAUGGUUAUUAUUAUAUAUUUUUUUAUGAGUUAUAAUUAUACAGUUUUACCUCAUUAUAAUGAAAUAUAUGUUAUAUGAUUCUGUUUUAGUUGGAUCCUUCAUUAGCUGAUUUAGUUAUGGAAAUGGGUUACUCUAUUUGUUCGUCAUUAGAAGAAUGCCGUAGAAACUUGUUAUCAGUAACUAAUGGAAGUGGUUCUUCAGUUAUUUUUGGUGCUGCUUCAAUUGCUAAAGUGUUAUCAAUGAUGAUCCGAACACAUACUGGUCUUGAUACUCAAUCUACUUUAACAUAUUGGCCUGGUGAAAAUACUAACCAUGACUCAGAUAAAACAUCUAAAACCUUGUUAACUUGGAAUGUUGAAAUAUUUGUACUCACGAUUAAAGACUUGGUAUUUAUUAAACAAAUAUUUCAUUAAAUUCAUAAUUAUUAUUGCUAACUUUUUUUUGUAAAAAUGUUUUAGAAUCCGUCAUUGUCUUGGUUAGACAUUAUCAAGGAAUUUGAUCAUACUGAUUUUCUUAUUAAAGAUAGACAAGGUUUAGUUCUUCUGUUUACUGCUUUUCGUCUUGGUUUGAAAUCUCAAGGAUAUCGUGUGGAUAGCUUCCCUGUAGAAAUCAUUUAUCAGCAUUGGUCUAAUUCAGAAGCACAAGUAAUGUUAAAUGUUAAUUAAAAGAUCUUACAUUAAAAAUAAAAAAUAAAUUUUCAUGUUUUAUUUAUUUUUUUAGAUGUCCUUGGUGCAGCACAUCUUGCAAAACUCUGAUAUUUUUUGCUUUGCGGAUUAUCCAUAUCGUUCUGUGUCGAUAGAUUUGUUAAAAGUUACACCAGAAGUGGACAACAAAGAUAUAAAUAACUGGUAAAAUAAUUUAUUUACUCAUUUUGAUUAUUAUUGAUAUUUUAUAUCAAUAUAAAUAUGAGUUUUUUUUAUUAUUAAAGGAGAUCAAUUGAACUUGCUGAUUUAAUGUUAUAUUUGGCUGAAUGUGGUCAUUAUUAUCAAGUACAAGAGUGUUUAAAAUUCCCAGCUCAAAAAUGCCCUGAUCUUUUAGCACUUGCUCUUAUUCAAUCGAGCGGCCCCUUAAGUAUGGUUAGAGUUGAAAUGAUAAGUGGUCUUAUACCAAUAUUUCUUGGAAAUCAUAAUAAUGCUGCUGUGAUUUUGCAUAAUGCAUGGAAUCAUCAGGUACUAUUUGUUUCAUUGGAUAUUAUUUACAAGUAUAAUCUAUUAUUUGUAUUUUAGAAUGUUGGACUUAGACAUACUGUAGUACAGGCAAUGAGUGAAUGGUACAUACGCAGUGAUCAUGAUCAUGUAAAACUUUCCCGAAUUUUAGACAUAGCUCAAGAUUUAAAAGUAAAAAUAGUUAUUUAUAGUAUUGAAUUUCUAUUAAUUUAAUUUUAUUCUUAAUAACUUAAUUUGUAUAAUUUUUUAACAAGGCAUUAUCAUUCUUGCUAAGUGUUCAGCAGUAUGCAUUUGUCAUCGAUUUAGCCUGUUUAGCUUCACGGCGAGAGUAUUUAAAACUUGAUAAAUGGUUAUCAGAUAAAAUACGUGAACAUGGAGAAAAUUUCAUAUCAGCUUGUAUUAAAUUUUUGCAUGUAAGUAACAUCUUAAUUAAUAUUUAUUUCAUAAAGAAUAAUACACUAACAAUACAAGAUAAAUUUAUUUCAUUAUUGUUGAUUAUAAUUAGAAACGAUGCCCUCAAUUAGUUGGAUCGUCAACCAAAGAUGACAGUUUGUCUAAAUGUACUCCUUUAUCAUCGGAGACUAUUCUUACAAUGUUGAAUUGCUUACGUAAUGUUACUGGGUAAGUUUUUUUUUUUUUUAUUAUUAUUAUUCUUGUUAACUAAAUUAUGAUUAUUAUAAUAAGAAUAUGACAGGAUACAAAAAAUAAUGUGUUUUAGUAAUAACCCUAGGCAAAAUAAAUCCAUAUAUUUACACAAAAAGAUUUGAAAACAUUAUCUAAGGUAUAUCUAAGUUUUAAAAUUCACUCAAUUAUACAAUCAUAAUAAUACACAUAAUAUGCUGUGUUAUGAUCUGUUAUUAUUUACUUAAGCCACUAUUUUAGAUUUGAAUCAUAACAAGGAAUAAAUUAAUUUUAUAAUGAUGUUUGUUUUUUAUUUUUACUGUGAAGAAAUUUUCUUCCAGAAAUCUCUCAGAUUUAUCAAGUGUAGCACCAUUUUUUGGAUUCUCCUUUUAUAAUUAUUUAGAAAAAACAAGAAAUAUGAAAAUAAUGUAUUUUAUUUACUUUUAUUAUUUUCAAUUUUGGUUUUUUGUUGUAAUUCUGUUAAAAAUAUUUGUAAAACCUUUAAAUUUGGACAGAAAACUCAUUUUUCUUUUUUAGACAGCAUAACUUUAACAUUUAUGAGCUCAUUUUUGAGCUAUUAAUAGGUAACAUUUUAAUUUUGAGAGUUUUGCAUAAUUUUGAAUUGUUAAGUACUCUGCGGAUAAAAUUGUUGGACUGAGUAGAAUUGCUGGAGAUUUGUUAUAAAUUAUCCUUAGUGGCUAACAAGAAAAGUUCAGUUAAAUGUAGUAUUUUUAUAUUUAUAUAUAAGAAUUUAAAUAGAAAUCAUAAGUAUAACGACCUUUUAAACCAUGUAUAACCGAACUCCACUUAUAAUCGUUUUUAGUUAGCAAUGGUUAAUCUUUGCAUAGAGAUAUACAUUAAAUAACUUAAUUGAGCGUUUGUGUUAAACUAUCAGUAUUUGUUUCCUAACUUAUUUUUAAUUCAAAUAUUAUUAUACUUCAAAUAAUAUAUCUAUUUGUUGAAAAAUGAAGUGUUGAUUUAAACUUCAUUAUUAUCAUUAAUUUAAAGUAUUUUUUUUAAGUGUACAUACUAUGGAAAUUGGGUUUGUGAAGUAAUUCUCUUGAGUAAUCUCAUAUUGUUUUAAUAUUAGGAAGGUAUUAUUUUCUAGAGAAUUGUUAAUUAAUUAAUAAUAAUAGAAAAACAUUGCAAUUAAUUAGGAAUUCUUACAGAUGCCAAUAAGCAAUUUUAGAUUCUGAGUGGAACGAAGAAGCUUAUGGUUUUAAAAGAUGUUUAUUUUAUUUUUAUUUGUUUCUGUAGAUAACAUUUCUACCAGAGAUCUAAUCCAAUUUUUAAGUAUAACACCUUUUCUGAAAGGGAAUUUAACUAGGAAGGUACUUUGUGAUAUCAUUAUUUUAAUCCAGGAUUUUUCCUAACAAAUGUGAAUAACCAGGAAAUACCAGAGAAAACUGAAAUGAGAAACAGGAACAAAUAUUAUUUAAGAAAAUAUAUAACGCAUAUGUAAUUAUUUUACCAUAAUAUGACAUAAUAUAUUAUACUAUCGACAAAGCAUCACUAUCAACUAAACUCCGCACAGAAUGGUUUUUUUGUUAGCAAUGAUUUAUCGUUACUUUCAGGUAUACAUUAAAUUACUUAUAACAGAGGCUACACCUGUCCCCAUUAUCCUAGGACAUUUAUAAAAAAACUGUAUUCGUAUUAAUUUGUCACAGUCUCGUGAGCAAAUUGUCUGGAGCAAUUUCAACUAAAUUCUAUACUCAUAAUAUGAAUUAUGAGGUAGAAAAAAUAAUUUAGGGAAUAAAAAACCUUAAAAUAUCAAUGAAAGAAGGAAAGCAUUUCAAAUUUUAUUUUAUUUUUUAUUAAUUUAUAGUUUUUCUUUGAACACCUUUGUUGUGUAUAUAUAUGUAUGUUUAAUUUGUACUCUUUUAACAAUAUUAUUAGAAAAAUUAAUUUAUUAUAAUAAUUUUUGUAUUAUUUUCAUGUUUUUAAUUUAUUUACAGAACAAUUUCACAAGAACUUUCUGAUGCCAUUAUGCAAAUGGUAACAAACUGUACUAAUAUGUAUAUGUCUAAAGUAGCAUCAGCCCGGAUAAAUGCUACAGCUCCACCACCAGCUAUCCUUCGUGCUUCACAACAUCGACCACUUGAAGGACCUUCACAGCAAGUAUUAGUUGACCAACUUACUGGCCUUGCAACUAGUCUUGCCAGUUUGGGUUUAAAUCCUUCUGCACAAUCGGGCUCUACGUUUACUUUACCAGGUUUGAAUUACACUACAUAUUUAAGGCCUGGUCUCACCACCAUAAACGUUGAUUUUUAAAUAGAGUUUGUAAGAUAACUGACCAAUCUUGGUCGAUUAUCAGCUAUAAACUCAGUUUAAGAAUCAGAUAAACACCUUUUUCUAAAUUGAUAAGAAUGUCCCUAAGUAUACAAUUCUUAAACUUUUAUGGUUUUUAGGAUCUUUUGGACAGUUAGUUCAAACUCCAGGUUCGCCCUCCCGCAAUAUUGUUGGUAAUGGAGGUUUCUCUAUCAUGACUCCAUCUUCAAAUGCCCCUGGUCCUAAUGUUUCUAGCCAAUUAUCUGGUCCAUCUAAUAUGUUAAGUCGUUUACCACCACAGCAAGUCACACCUUCAGUUAUACAGAUAGCUAAUUGUAAUCUGCCAAGUAAGUAAUAUUAAUAAAUAUGAACUAGUUUUUUUUUUUUUUCUUUUUUUUUAAGAAGAAAAUUAAAUACAUAAAUAUAAAAUUAAACCAAAAAUGUAUUUUAUCAUUUAUUCACUAAAGUUUAGAAAAAAGAGGAAAUUAUAAAAAAAAAAAAAUUUUCUCACAGUAAUCAGCACUAUACAAUAAAUAAUAAAAUAAUAUAGUAUUAUAAAAUAUUGAUAAAUAAUUUAAUUAAUUAUUUGUUAUUCUCUUAUUUAAAUAAAUAACAAUAUAUUAUAUAGUUAAAACAAUUUUAACAAAAAGUUAAUUUACUUAAUUUUUAGUUGACAACAGUUUAUUUCUUGAUGGAAAUAUGCCACUAAAUGUACCCAAAGAAAUAGAAGAUGAAGCAAACAGCUAUUUUCAGCGAAUAUAUAAUUUAGCUCCACAACAUUCUCUAUCAAUUGAUGAAGUGCUAGAAAUGUUAAAAAAAUUUCAAUCGUCUGGAAUUAAGAGAGAAAAGGUAAUCCUUUUAUCUAAUUUCAAUUUAGUAAUAUUGAUUUUAAUUUUAUUGGUAAUAUUUAUUUUAUUUAUUUAUUAACCUUAUUCUAUAAAAAAUCAAUUUGUUUUCUUUUUACUUAUUUAAAUUUAAGUUCCUAAAAAUUCUAUCUAGUUGAUUUUAAUACUGAUGGCAAUUUUAAAAGUUUAGCACCCGGAAACCAAAUAACUCUAAAAGUCAAUUUCAUAAUGUAAUUUGUACUAAAAGUCAAUUUCAUAAUGUAAUUUGUAUAAAAUCUAAUUUAAUUAAUUUAUUCAUCAAAUUAAUUGUAUUUAUAUUGUAGUUACUCAAAUUUUCUUAGUGAUUAUUUCUUUUUCUUCUCAUUAAUCCUUAAUAUUUGUUGGAGUCUGCCACCCUCGUUCUAAACUUCCAUUUGACUUGAUCACCACAUCUCAUGCAUCCGCUGUUUUCAUAUUCUCAAUCAAACCGACCAUUUGUACUUAUCUUUAGUCUCGUUCCUCAAGUCCAGUAGAACCUCGAGCCCCCAUUCCACUAGCGUUCCUUGAGGAUCAUUUAUGUUUAAAACUGUUAAAUACAAAUUGUUGAAAAAAUUCCAUUACUGGGUUUUAAAAUAAUAUAGUAUUUUAGAAAUAUAUUAUAGUAUUUAUUACAAAACAGUAAAAUUGUUGUAUAAAUAUUUUGCAGGAAGUUUUUUGUUGUAUGUUAAGAAAUUUAUUUGAAGAAUAUAGAUUUUUCCCUGCAUACCCAGAAAAAGAACUUAUAACAACAGCCCAUCUUUUUGGUGGUAUUGUAGAACAAGGUCUUGUUUCGUAAGUCAUUUAAAGAUAAUUAAUUUAAGUACAUUAUAAUAAAUUGUUUUUUAUUUUUUAUUUUUUUAUAGAAAUUAUAAAGCUUUGGGUCUUGCACUUCGCUUUAUUUUGGAUGCAUUGAAAAAGAAUCCAAAUUCCAAGAUGUAUAACUUUGGUAUAACUGCACUUGACCGCUUUAAAAAUCGUUUAAAGGAUUACCACCAAUAUUGCACUCAUAUUUGUGCAAUCCCCCAUUUCCAACAAUUUCCACAACAUCUUAUUGAGGUAUGUUAUAAAAAAAAAAUAACUUGAGUUAUUGCUUAUAUUUUCGGUAUUUCUAAAACUUUAUUAUAAUUUUUUUUUUUGUUAUUGUGAUAAGUUAUAGUCUUUUUAUUUCAUAACUCUAAAAUUGUAUUAUUACUACAGUAUGUAGAAUAUGGUAAAAAUUCACAAGAACCGCCAUCUUCUCGCGUCGCAGAUUUAGCAGGGGCAGGUAGUAAUACAAUAUCGCAAGGAUCAUUCAUGCCAAACUCUCACAGUGUUUACAAAGCACAAAGUAUCACUACUACUACAACCACUACUGUUUCAUCUUCAUCUAAACUUAUUACCACUAAUGCUGUUUUACCAUCUCGCGUUAGUUAAACUAAAUAAUAUUUAAAUUCCCAUUAUUGUUAUAAUAAUUAUUAUGUAUAUAAUACAUUUUUAAUUUUUAGCCUUCUAUCGCAAAUACAACUAACAUUGAUACUUUACUGGUAGCAACAGAAAAAGAUGAUAAAAUUGUCCCACCAGCUGAAAAUGUUCAAGAUAAAAUAGCUUUUAUCUUUAACAACUUAAGUCAAGUCAAUCUUCAAACUAAGGUAAAUUAUAACACUAUUAAAAUUCUAUUCAAAAAAUGUCAGUUAAAUAUGCUGUAUCUGUUAAAAUAUUAAUAAUUUAUUUUAAUUUUAUAUCUAUUAGUGUGAUGAAAUUAGAGAUAUUAUUACCAGUGAAUGUUUACCAUGGUUAUCCCAAUACUUAGUCAUGAAGCGUGUCAGCAUUGAAUUGAACUUCCACACAUUGUAUUCUAACUUUUUGGAUUGUUUGAACAAUGAAGCUCUUAAUUCUUUAAUAACAUUGGAAACCUUUAGAAAUAUAAGAGUGAGUAAAAAUAUUUUAUUGAACAUGGAAAGUUAAGUAAUUUGUUUUAAAAUAUUAUUUCAUCUUUAGGUUUUAUUAAAAAGUGAUAAAGGAAUGGCGAACUUCUCUGAUAGAUCAUUACUAAAAAAUUUAGGUCAUUGGUUAGGUAUGAUUACAUUAGCUAAGAAUAAACCAAUAUUAUUGGAUGAUAUCAACCUCAAAAUGUUAUUGGUUGAAGCUUAUAACAAAGGACACCAAGAAUUAUUAUUCACAGUACCAUUUAUUGCUAAAAUUAUUGAAUCCUGUGCUAAGAGCAAAGUAUGUUAAAUAUAUAUAUACGUAUUUUUAUUUAAUUUAAUUCCUAAUUAUUUUUUUAAAUAUAGGUUUUUAAACCAAGAAAUCCUUGGACAAUGUCUGUUAUGAACUGUUUAGCUGAACUCCAUCAAGAACCAGAUUUAAAAUUAACUUUGAAAUUUGAGGUUGAAGUAUUGUGUAAAGCUUUAAACAUUGAACUCAAAGUAAGAAUUUAUUUAAAUUAUUUGCUCAAAGUAAGAAUUUAUUUAAAUUAUUUGUCAACAUAAAUAUCAUAUUUUUUAUUUUAGGAUUUAAAGCCUGGAUAUGUUCUUAAAGAUCCAGAGUUAGCAAAGAAAUUAGUUCCACAAUUGUCUAAUGGUGAAAAAUCUAAACCUCAACCACAAAGUGCUCCAGAACAACCAAAAGUUUCAGUUCCCACCCCUCAACGUCAAACACCUAUUCUUCAAAGUAAUAAAUAUUAUUUAUAAGUUCAAUUUGCUUGCUUCAUGCUUGUUAUAAUUGGUUAUUGUAUAUUUAAAAUUAAAUUAUGGCAACAAUAUUAAGAUUGCACUAAUGUGAAAUAUUUUGUUUUAAAAACUAACAAAUUAAUAUCAUAAAUUAUGAUCGCAUAAGUACUUAUUUCUAGUGUAGAUAUGAUUUGCUGUAUUUUUUCAAAUGUAUGUAACCAACAGAUUUUAUUGAAAAUUCAUUUUCAAUCUUUUAAAAUGUUCAUAAAACCAAUUUUUAAUGAACUUUGUAUUGCUUAUCAAACCAAUAUCGAGAAUUAUCAAAUUGUAAUUUUAAUUGCCUAACAAUAAUUGAACAUUAUGUUUUGUUUAAAAAUGAUUAAGUAUUAGGUAUUAACAAGUCCAAAAGAAAAUAUUUGAUAAUUUCUGAUCUCAUUAUUUUUUUUUUUUUACUGAAAUAUAACUACAAAAAGUGAAAAUAAAAUUCUUUCAAUAAAAGGUACUAUGUAAAUAUUCCUGUUAUUUCAUCAGGAAUAAGUACUAGCAAUUUUAAAAUUAAUAAAAGUAUUGUUUUAGGAACUAGCUGUAUUAUAUAUUUAUUAGGUGUUUGCAAUAAUAUCAAUUUUUAAGGUAAAUGGUGAUAUCAAUAUCUUAUUUAAAUAAAGCAAUAUUUUUUUAAUUUUAACACAGCAGAUUUUCUGUUAAUCAAUGGAAUAACCCAAAACUAAAUAGUCUCCAUGGUACAUACAUUGAUGUUGUUUAUCUAAUACUUAGUAUUAAGUUUUUAAAUUGUUUGUUUUACUUAUUCUAAUAUCUAGUUCUGUAGUGUCAUUUCAUUGGAGUAUCACUAAUUGAUUAGAUGUUUUUUGGAAUAAAAUAAUUUUACAAUAUUUAAAAAAAAUUAUUAUUGAAAUAUAAUAUAGUAGAUUAUUUGAAUUGAUAUAUAUAUAUAUAUUAGAUGUGAGACAAUUAUUGAAGUUCUAAUACUUUGAACAUACGUUUACUGAAAGUAUUUUAUUUGAUUUUUUUCAUUAAACAUUUUGAGGAAUUGCAAUACUUGAAAAAAAUAUGUAUUUAAAUUGUAAUACAUUAAACAGGCAUUUAUUGGAAUUCUUAUAUUUUUUAUUGGGGAAACUUGAUUUUUUUAACUUAUGUAUUUAACAUAUUUAUUUAUUUAUGUAUUUAAAGUAUUCAAUCUCUGUUGUGAUGAAUGUUAUCACUUAUUUUAUUGUAUUUUUAUUUUAUAUCCAAUAUACAGACAGGAGAUCCUAUUACAAUUUAUAACAACAGUACUUAAGUUUACCGUAACUUAAUAUUAAUCUAUAGUUGAUGUAUCAACGUUAUUAUAAAAUUAUUGUUUAUGAGUUGUACAUGAUUAACAAUUUUAUUCUAAAUAUUUUUGAAUGCAUACUUUGCCAAAUUUACCUUUUAUAACAUUAAAUUCAAUUUCAAUCGAAAAUUAUCCCUCAAAAUUAAUUUUAAAACGCCAAUAAAUAAUUUACAAUAUUUAUUUGUUUAACAGUUUUAUAAAUUAAGAAUCUGUUAAAAAUGUUAUGUUAUUAUGUAAAUUUAAGAUGUAAAAUUGGUUUUUAGAUUCUGAGCAGAUCAAAGAAUGUAUUUGUUUUACAAUGAUAUUUAUUUAUAUUUUUUUCUGUGAACAACUUUUCUACCAGAAUUUUUGCUCAGAUUUUCAAGUGUAGCACUUUUACCGAAAGAAAAUUUGACUGAGGUGAUACUUUAGAGAGAAUAUUAUUUGGUUUUUCUAAGAGUUUUAUUUAUAAAUGGAAAAUGUAUUAUUUCCAAAUUCUAAAUAUUACUGCCUUUUCAAAACAUACAUAACCGAAUUCUGCUCAGAAUCAUUUUUUUUUUAGAAUUAGUGUAUUGUUGCGUACAAAUAUAAAUUAAUUUCCCUUUUAUAUCCUACCUUUCCAAUUUCUCACAUACUACAGUGGCCCCCCCAUCAUGCUAAAUAUGUCCGGUUUUUUUAUAAAUGUUAAUAUUCAAUUUUUUUUUUUUUCAAACGGAUUUUACAUCAGGUGAUUAUGUAUCUAGAUAACAAUUGCAUUUUUGUUUUACCCCUUAUUAUUAUAGAAAAAACCUUAUUUGUUAACUUUUUGAAAUUUUCAAAAUAAUUGAUUUAAAAUAGAUAUUGUUCUAUAAAAAUAAUCUACAUGGUGGACACCCUAUGUAUUGAUAAUAUUUUAUUUUUAUAUUUGGUACUCAAUUUCCUCAAUAUAUAUAUUUAUGGUUUUCCAUUCUAAUGAGAAUAUUAUGCAUAGAUUUUAAGACUUCAAAGUUUUAAAAAUGUUAUAAAACCCAAUAAAUAGUUUUUAUUUAGUAGAAUUUUAAUUUUUACAUUUGUAUUUUAUUUAAUUAAGAAUAAUAGUUUUUAAUGGUCCAAAUACAUAGUGCUGAUGACCGACAAAGCCUGACAACCCUUAGGCAGUGGUAAGUCCAAUUUAAAUUCAGUAAAUUGGUUUAGAUUCAUUAACAUGUUUUCUAAAAUAUAUUUAACUUACUUUAACAUAACUUUAUUCAUUAAAUUUGAAUUUUACAAUCAUUUACUUCUUCUUAAUAAACACUGGUUGUUUAUUUAUAAAAUGUGUUAAAAAUCUAAAAUUUUAAUUUCACUAAAAAAGUAAUUCUUUUGACACUAAAUAUUUAAAAUAUUAUAAUUUGGUCUUUUAUAUUUUAUCCCUAAAUUAUUUUUGAGUAUCUUUUUUGUAAAUCAUUAUCAAUAUUUUAAACUUAAAUGCUGUUUGUUGCUAUUGCAUGUUAUAUACUAUUAGCAAAUAUUUUUGAUUUUUUAUAAGACUAAUAGCAUAUAGUUUUUACUUGCUUAAAAUACAUAAUUUACUCUAUCAAAAUUAUUUUCAUACUACAAACUUUUAAUUUACAAAAAUGUUAAUUGAAUAAUUAUAAUAAAGAUUAUUACUAAAAAAAUUUUUAAUUUGGAUUUAAUGUUUUACAAUUAAAAUUCUAUUUAUGUACCUAAUUUUGUAUGACAAAUAAUCUAUUACUAAUUAACAAAUAAAACUUAAUUGAAACGUAACUACAUAUAAAGUAUACCAAAUACAUGUAGAGAGAGAUAACAGUACAGUAAUUUGUUACUACCCUUUAUAAUAUUGCUAUGGCAAUAAAUUCAAGGAAAUCAUAAUAUGCAUUUUAUUGGAAUUUUUUUUUCAUUAGAUCUGAUAGAAUUAAAUUUUAAAAGAUAUUAAAAUAUUUGUUCUUCAUUAAAGCAUUUGUAUGGCCAUUAUAAAUUAUUACAAUAUCUCGUAAAAUGUAAGCACUAAUUUUACAGGGCUUAAUAAUGCAUAAUAUUAAAAAUGAGUAUUAUUAAAUUAAUAGUAUAUAAUGCAUAUAAAUAUUUUGGUGCUUAUAAUGCACUUAUAUCUAUAUUGUGUGGGAAAUACCGCUUAUUUAAAAAAAUGUAUAUUUUAUACAUAACUGUUUGUUUAUUUUUAUUCCUUUUUUCCUCACAUACAGGAAAAUUUACCCGCGUAUUUUAUUAAAGGUUUAAAGUGCAUUUUUCCCUGCAUGCUUUAGUUUUUUUCACUAUGUAUUAGUCCCAUAGGUAUAAUUAUCAAGUGUUAUUUUAAAUUUUAUAGCAAUUGUUUCUUCUCAAGCUCAACAGAAUAUACCUUCAACAGUUCCACCAAUAAGUUCUAAUACACGAUUCAAUGAUGAGCUUGUCGGCCACGUUGUGGCUGCCGGUGGAGUUACAACAUUGACGUCAACUGGUAGCAUGGGUAUAAGUGGUACACCAGGCAUGUCUCCACCGCUAUCUUUAAUCGAGCCAAAAUUCAACUAUGUAACUUUUAAUACUACCAAUUCAUCGCAAAUAAUGUCCAUGAUCGUUAUCAAUUCACAAGUAAAUCUUUUAGCUAAUUUAUUUAUUUUUGUUUUUAUAAUUAUAUCUCCUUAUUUUUUUCAUAAAAUAUAGAUUCCACUAUUCCACAGUCAACCCACACUCAAGACAUAUGUGCGAAAUGCCAUUGAACGGUCAAUCCAAGAAUGGAUAAAUCCUGUUGUUGAAAGGUCGGUUAAAAUUGCUGUAAUUACCACAGAAAAUAUUGUUAAAAAAGUUAGUAUGUCAUUUUAAUAUAAAUAUAUUAUAUAAUAAUGUUGAUUAUUAUAAAUAAGUAAAAAAAAUUCUAGGAUUUUGGUAUGGACCCAGAUGACACACAUUUGCGGAAAGCAGCACAUUGUAUGGUAAGACAUUUAACCUCUGGAUUAGCAAUGAUCACAUGCCGGGAACAAGUUAUUCAAACAUUGACAACAAAUUUGAGACAACAUUUUAUGAGUGUUUUAAUUGUAUGUAUUGACAAUAGAAUUUUAAUACUUAACUUAGUUUGUUUUUAUAAUUAAUUGAAUUUUCUGUUUAGUCACCGUCCCCAACGCAAAAAGAAAUGAUUGAUCAAGCUUGUACCAUGUGUGCUAAUGACAAUUUAGAGUUGGCUUGUGCUUUUGUUCAAAAAACUGCUACUGAAAAGGCAGUAAUAGAAAUUGACAAGUACUUAAAAAGUGUAAGUAGUUAUAUUUUAAAAAAUUAUUAAUAUUUCUAUAAAUUAAUAAAAAAGUUAUUUUCAUGCAAAUAUAUCCUUUGUACAAACUUACAAACAUAUUAUUUAUAACAAUUUUAAUAUUUAGGAAUAUGACAGACGCAGUUUAUCCAGAAUGGAAGGCCGUCGUUAUUGUGACCCAUCAGUUUUAGGUGGUCAAGCUGAAUAUUUGCCCGAUACUCUUCGCAAUAAAGUAGGAUUGCCUCAACCACAAAUGAUUGGAGUUUAUGAAGAAUUUGCCAGAAACAUACCAGGCUUUCAGCCAUUAGAUCGAGAAGCUGUUUCAUUAUUCAUUCCUAAAUCUGUAACUAUUUAAAUGAUUUAAUUUAUAUGUUAUUUAAUUGAUUUUAAUAUAAAUUGUUAAUGUAACAUUAGGGCUUUCCAUCUGAUGAGAUGACUGUUGUCUAUGAAAAACUUAUUAGCGAUAUUGAAGCACUUUUACAACUGUACAUGACCAACCAAAGAAUUCUUUCCAAUACAACUCAACCAGCAAAUUUGCAUGGUGUGUUGGAAGCAAUGAUGACAUUACGAAGAUCCCGUGAUAUUAUGACUGCAACCAAUGUUGUUAAUAAAGUAAAUGAAUAAUAUAUUUAUGUUUUAAUUCUCAUACAAAAUAAUUUCUUUACUAAUCUUCUCUAUACAGAGUAUUUUAAACCUCAAAGACUUAAGUUAAAUAAUAAGAAUGUUUUAAAACACUUAAUACUAUUUCUGACUGUUGGUAGUUUAUUCAAAUUUUAUUUACAUCAGUAACAUAUUUAACUUCCAUAAUUCCGUAGACCUUUCUCUAUGGAAUGUAUAGAAAUUAAUAAAUAAAAGUUUAGGCAGACAGUUAAAUGUAACAGCUAGAAUACAAUGUAAUUACUAUUUUCAGACUGUCGAAAGUUAUUUGGAUGGAUUGAGUCCACCGGCUAACCAUGAUUUAGAUAUGACUAUAAGAUAUCGAGACAUGCACCUUAAUAUAUUUAGAGCUUUCCAAGAUCCUCGUGCUUACAAUUUACAAUGGACCAACAAAACUCUAACCAAGUAUGUCAAGUAUAAUUAAGUUAUUUUACAUAAAAAUAAUGGUUUUUGUUUGUUUAAAAAAAAAAAAUAGAGCUCUCAUGGAAUCUAGAGAAGAGUUAUGUUUUAAUAGUGAUGCAAUUGAUGUGUUAAUACGUGCUGGAAUGGUGAAUAUUAGCAUGUAUGACAUGCACUUGGCUUUGUCAAUGGAGUCUGGUGCAAAUUUUGUAGCCAUUGUUUAUGUUAAACAAUUUUUGCAAAACUACUUGAUAGACAAUCGUGCAAACUCACCUAUUACUGAACAUCAUCUUCAAGCAACUAUCGAUGCACUUAAUAAUAUUGUUCUUAAUGUCCGUGGCCCUCUUCCUGAUGGGUGAAUAAAUAAUUUUUAAAACAUAAUAUUCUAGGUGUCCCACAAUGAUUUGCCACUUGGAAUAACUUUUGUUCUAUUCAAUAUUAAUAUUUGUAUUAUAUAUGUUUUUUAAAUAAUUUGUAUGUUUGUGCUACAGUGAAUAUUUUUUUUCAAAUGUGAAUAUUAUUGUGGUUUAUAAUAUAUUUUAAUAUUUAAUCAGUUGUUAAAAAAACAUCAAAUGAUUAGGAUUUUAUUUUCCUUGAGUUAAUAUUAUAUUAUACAGUAAUACUAUUAACUCCUGAAUUUCCAAUUUUUUUUUUUAAUUAUUGUAAAAAUUAAAAUUUUGUAUUUUGAUUCCUCCACCUAAAAAAAAAAAUAUUUAAUAGAACGAAAUUUAUUUCAAUUAAAUCAUCGUGGAACACCCUAUAUACUUUUAUAUUUUUGUUUAAACCGUGUAAAUGAAAAUGCAAAUUAUAAUUUUCCUUCUAGAUUGGCAGCACUAAUGGAAGUAAUUAGACCAUCACAAGCAGCAGAAAACACAGCUCCAGAAAGAAUGGCUAGUACCAGUAGUGGUUCUACAUCAAAUAAUAUUCAACAUGGAAUGUCACAGGUUGGUUUUAAUCUGUGUACAUAAAUUAUUAAUGAGUUUAUUAUUAAAUUUCGUAACAAUGGUCUAUUCAUUUGACUUUAGGGCAGAGACUUUGAUGACCCCCCUGGUCUGUUAGAAAAAACUGAAUAUUUACUUAAAGAAUGGUUAACUAUUUAUAGUGCAGCACCCAAUAGAGAUCCUGGAAAAACAUUCAGCGUUUACAUCCAUCAAGUUGGUCAAAUUUAUUAUAAUAUUUUUAGCAUUACUCUUUACGUUUUCUUAUGUACAUACAGAUGAAUGUUCAAGGAAUUUUGAAGUCUGACGACAUUAUAACUCGUUUUUUCCGACUAAGCACUCAAAUGAUGGUUGAACUGUGUUAUAGACAGAUACCAGAUCAAACACUGUCUCCUUCCACUGUACGCGCUAAACUUUUUCACACAAUUGAUGCCUAUGUUAAACUCAUUGUAUUACUUGUCAAACAUUCUGGUGAUGCUACUGCUAUAACUACAAAAACAAAUCUUUUAAAUAAAGUAAACAAAUUAUUUUUAAUUAAAUUUUAGAAGUUAGAUUAUCAUAAUUUGUAAUGCAUAGGUUCUUGGGAUUGUUGUUGGUGUCUUACUCCAAGAUCAUGAUGUCCAAGCAACUGACUUUCACCAAUUACCAUACCAUAGAAUAUUGAUUACUCUUUUCCUUGAUUUAAAUGCACCAGACCCAGUAUUAGAAUCUAUCAAUUAUCCAGUAAUGUUCAAAAUUAAAAUCAAUAUGAUAAAACUCAUUAUUUAAUACUAUUAUAUCAUUGCUAGAUACUUGCUGCUUUUUGUCAUACUUUCCACCUUCUACGACCAAGAAAAGUUCCAGGAUUCGCAUAUGCUUGGCUUGAACUUAUAUCACAUCGCAUAUUCAUUGGUCGUCUUUUGGGAUUAACUCCACAGCAAAAGGUAACUUAAAUAUUUUAGACAUUUUUAGUGAAAGGCAAAUUAAAAUUCAUACAAUAAUUCAAAAUUAUGGUGUUAAAAAUAUUCUUUCAAGUAAAGAUGCCUUUCAUUACUUGCUUUCCUUUAUACAAAUUAAUUUAGCGGCAACGUGCUUAUGAUCAAACUCCGGUUACCGAUGUUCAGGGUUGGAAUUUCUAUGCCCAAUUACUCAUCGACCUAUUCAAAUACCUGGCACCAUUCUUACGCAAUGCUGAACUUGCCAAGCCUGUUCAUCUGUUAUACAAGGGAACAUUAAGAGUACUGCUCAUUUUACUUCAUGAUUUUCCUGAAUUUUUAUGCGAGUUCCACUAUGGUUUUUGUGAUGUAAUACCUCCAAAUUGUAUUCAGGUUUGUAUAUCAUAUAUAGUUCGCUUUUAGAUAAAUAAUUUAGUACAGUGUCCAAUUACAAAUAGAGUCAUAGUAUUAACAAUAUUUUAUUUUCAGAUGAGAAAUUUAAUAUUAUCAGCAUUCCCACGGAAUAUGCGUUUACCAGAUCCGUUUACUCCAAAUUUGAAAGUCGAUGUACUACAAGAAAUUUCUUUGGCUCCAAAAAUCAGUCCAGAUUUUCAAUGUUAUAUUCAACCAGCAAGCUUUAAAAAAGUAGUUUUUCAUUUUUAAUAGUCUAAAUAAUUUUCAAAUUUUUAAUUUUUUAUUUUUUAUUAUUUUAGGAUUUAGAUUUGUAUUUAAAAACUCGAGCACCAGUUACAUUCUUAUCUGAAAUUCGUUCUACAAUGCAACAAAGUUGUUGCGAACCUGGUAUGCGUUAUAAUCUUUCACUUCUAAAUGCUAUUGUGCUGUAUGUUGGUACCCAAGCGAUACAGCACAUUCGCAAUAAGGGAUUAGUACCAAACACAUCUACUAUAGCUCAUUCUGCCCAUAUGGAUAUUUUCCAAAAUUUAUCUGUAGAUCUCGAUACAGAAGGUAAAAUAUUUUAUUUUAUUUUUGACUGUUGUAAAUUUUAAAUUUGUAUCAAAACUAUUUUUAAAUUUAGGACGCUAUUUGUUUUUAAAUGCCAUUGCAAACCAGUUACGUUUUCCGAAUAGCCAUACUCAUUACUUCAGCUGCACACUAUUGUAUUUAUUUGCUGAGGCUAACAGUGAAGCUAUUCAAGAACAAAUUACAAGGUAAGUAAAUCAUAUUAAUUAUUUUAAAUAAUUUCAGUUUGAUUAAUUAGUUAUUGGAAUCUUAAUAUUUAUUAUAAAUUAAAUUGCAGAGUUCUUUUGGAGAGACUCAUUGUAAAUAGACCACAUCCAUGGGGUUUAUUGAUCACAUUUAUUGAGCUGAUCAAAAAUCCGGCAUACAAGUUUUGGAACCAUGAGUUUGUACAUUGUGCACCAGAAAUUGAAAAGUAAGCAAACAUUUAUUUUAUGGCAUUUAAAAUCAUAUAAUUAUGUCAGAAUUUUAACAUAAUUUCAAUUGUGCUUAGCUUGAUGCAAUGGAUAAACAUAGUUGAAUUCAAAGAUCUAUAAAUUUAGAAGUUUUAGUGAAAUGGAUUUUAAAACUUUACACUUGAACAUGUUAAUUACUUGUUUUCUAUAAUUUUGUGAAAGAAAAUGUUAUGUAUAUCAUUAUUAAUAAUCAGGUACUAUUGAAAGUUUUAGUAGUUACCAGUUAGUAUAGAUGUUUUUCACCAAAUGUAUUGCUAAUAUAAACUUUAGAAGCAGUACUGGCAUGGACCUCUUGAACAUCCCUUUUAUUUUAUUUAUUAUCCUUUAAAUUUUGUUAUAAUUACCUUCGUAUAUUUUCAUAUUGUACAUGAAAAGCACUUCACUUUAAUUAACCAAAUAAUCCUCAUAUUCGAUUAUACAUAAGCUAGUUAAUAUAUAAAUAUUAUUUCCGUUAUAAUUUUACAAAAUAAAAAUAUAUUAUAUUCUUUAAACUAUAAUACAGUUUUGUGAUUAUAAUAUAAUAUCACUUAUUGUUUCUGAUUUAAUGCACUUUGUGUUGUGUUAAUGUACAUUAAUUAUGAUAAUUUAAUUUGUAAUAUUUUGUUCAAACCAUAAUUUAUAGACUUUUUGAAUCGGUCGCUCGUUCCUGCAUGGUUCACAAGCAGCCUACUACAUCAGCAGAUAGCAGAGAUUUGCCAGAUUUAUAAUUAUAGUAUUCAACUUAUUGAAGAUUAAAUACUGAAAUAUAUUAUAUAUUUUAUGUUAUAGUUUUAUAAGAAAAAAAAAAUGAAACAAACUUUUACGAAAUUAAGAAUAAAAAUAAUUAUGUAAUUGUAAGAUCAAAAGAUUAAAAUGCAUAAUAUUAUAUAUUUAAAUAAUUUUAUUUUACUAUUAUUUUCUUUAUCAAUAUAACAUUUAAAUUAGUUAUAUUAAAAUAUUAGUAGCAAUAGUAUGAUUUAGUGAGUAGUGAAUUUUUUAUUUUAGUGUUUAAUAUUUUUAAGUAUCCAUUAUAAUAAUUAUAUGUAUAGAAUAUGAAAAAAUAUUAAUGGUAUUAUAAUCCUGUUUUUGGUAUUAAUUUUAUAAACAUUCAAUUUUGAUUGUUUUGAACCUAUUCUAUUAUAAAAAUACAAUAUUAUACUUUAUUUAAUUAUACUAUAAGUAAAAUAUAUAUAUAUAUAUAUAUAUAUAUAUCGCUUAUUCCACAUAAUAUGUCAUGUUUUAUGACAUAAUUAAUUAAUACAGCUCGAUUGUUUUUCUUCAAUCUGUUACUUUAAAACUUUAAUAAAAUAGUUAUUGCGUGUAGGUUUUUUUUUUUCAAAAUUAAUAUUAUGAGUGAACAAAUAGUUAAUGUAUUAUAUCUUGCAUUGUCAUUAAACAAUAUCAUUUAUCAUUAUAUUAUACUAAAAACAUUUUAAUGA